AUGGGGGCGAGAAACUGGCUGACUGCCGCCGUUGGUGCUGCUAGUGGUGCUACUGCUGGUGGUUCAGUCACUGGUGGGGCUAUGACUGGUGCAGGUGGCGGCAGCGUGAAGGCGAGCGUGGGGUGGGGCGGGGUGCGCGUGCGCGUGUGGUGCGAUCCUCGUAGCCUGUGGCCCGUUGCACGCGUGUUGGCGCUGCUGCUGCUCUGGUACACCUUCAGCACCGCACUCAGCCUGUACAACAAGAUGCUGAUAGGGCAGCAGCACGGCCGCUUCCCCGCGCCACUGCUGCUGACGGCGUUCCACUUCGCCCAGCAGGCGCUCAUGGCCUCCGCGCUGCUGCACUCCGCCUUCCCCUCCGCCCUGCCGCCCCUCCCCCUCUCCUCCCGCGACUACUGCCUCCGAGUCAUUCCCACAGCGGUGGCAACAGCAGUGGACAUCGCUCUCUCCAAUCAGUCCCUCGCUUAUAUCACACUCACCUUCUACACCAUGUGCAAGUCCAGUGCGCCCAUGUUCCUGCUGCUCUUUGCCUUCAUCUUCAGGUUGGAGCCUAUCAGCUUUCGUCUCAUCGGCGUCAUGAUGGUGAUCUCCGUGGGGGUGCUCUUCACAGUGGCGGGGGAGGCAUCGUUCCACCUGUGGGGCUUUGUGCUCGUCAUGCUCUCAGCCAUGGCAUCUGGCCUGCGAUGGGUGCUCAUUCAAGUGCUGCUGCAGAAAGAUCGCCUUGGUCUGAGCAGCCCGCUGGUCUCGCUGGCAUACAUCACGCCCCCCAUGGCCGUCACCUGCGGUCUCUUCUCCCUCGCCCUCGAGCCACUCGCCUCGCUGCCCUCCUCGUCUUACUUCUCCCCGCCCUCGCACCUCGCGCCCACCAUGCUGCUUCUGCUGCUGGGAGGGGUGCUCGCGUUUCUCAUGGUAAAUCUUAGGCAAUUCGCUGCCCCUGCUCGUUUGCGGCCAUUGUGCUCGCUCAUUCCUGCUGCUGCUGCUCUUCAUGCUCUUCAGAUCAUGUCGGAGUUUCUGCUCAUUCUGCACACCAGCGCCGUCACCUUCUCUGUAGCUGGCACUGUCAAGGAAGGCGCCACCAUCCUGGUGUCCCAUUUGGUGUUCUCGGAUCGCUUCACGCGUGUAAACCUGGUGGGCGUGCUCAUCAUCAUGAUUGGCGUCUCGCUCUUCAACCUGCACAGUCCGCACUGCUGCCUGCCAUCGCUGUCUUACCAAUCUGCAGCCCAACGCUGCUCCCUUCUCCCCGCAUCCUGCUCUAUACGCCCUUCUCCCCACUUCCCCUCCCCCCCCCAACCCCCCCAAUCCUCCCCCCUUUCCCCUCAGGCUGUCUCGUCCCCCCGGAUACAGCGCGGUGCAGCCCCCCUCACACCCACCACGCCUAACGCUGCUCCUGUCUCCCCGCAUCCUGCUCUAUACACCCCUCUCUCCCCUUUCCCUCUUCCUCCCCCCUUUCCCCUCAGGCUGUCUCGUCCCCCGCGGAUACAGCGCGGUGCAGCCCCCCUCACACCCACCACGCCCAGCGCUGCUAUCACUCCCACGUCCGUACCCACCACCCCUAACGCCUCACCCCUACACCAACCCCACCUUCAUCCCCCUCCGCCCUGGCCCUCCUCCUCAUCUGCCUCCCGCCUUCCCACCCGCUCCCCUCGCUCCCACCCUCCCUCCCUGCACCUCUCCUCGCCUCCCCCUGUUGCUUCCUCUGCCCCGCGUCCGCCUGCUGCUGCUCUUGCCAGCAGCUCUGCUGUAGGGGUGAACUCGCCAGUGUUGAGAGUGGUGUGCGAGGAGGAGAGGGAGGAAGAGGAGGGGCAGGAGUCACAGCCAUUGUGGCUUGAUGGCAGCAGUAACCACAUACGCUCGUAG